ACAGAAAACUGAGAUGUCAACAUUAAUCCUGCCCUGGGCCCAACAAUCUCUGUAGCAUUUCUUAGCCACCACUCCCAAGUCGUAAGCAUCAGCCCAUGAAGCUUCUUUCGACGUUGUAGGAAGCUUACUACGAAAGAACUUGGCGAUGAACAUAUAUCAACACCUCACCACCACUGCACUGCACUUCACUUCACUUCACUUAUCAUCAUCCAUCAUGGAUGGGAACUAUGAUCCCAACAGGUUCACAAACAUGUCUGGUUACAAUUACAAUUCUAGCAGUGCUUUUGGAUCAUCAUAUUCAUCUGGGAUGGUCAGUACUGGCUAUGGUGACACCAACCAGUCGAAUUUCCAGGUUUCGGAGUUCUUCGAGCUUGAUGAUUGGAUGGAGGAAGAUCAAACAUUCAUGCCCUCUGGCUACAGUACUGCCCAAAGCCCUCAACAAGAGCUGACUGAAGUCCUUGGUCAUCCUGGUGGAAGUAGCAGUCAGCAAACCAACAGAGAUAUUGGUGGGAAGGAGAGGAAGGAGAACAGAGAAAAGGUUGCAUUCAAGACUAAGUCGGAGGUUGAGAUACUUGAUGAUGGCUUCAAGUGGAGGAAGUAUGGGAAGAAGAUGGUGAAGAACAGCCCAAACCCAAGGAAUUACUAUAGGUGCUCAAUUGAAGGAUGCCCAGUGAAGAAGAGAGUUGAAAGAGACAAAGAAGACCCCAGAUAUGUAAUAACAACUUAUGAGGGUAUCCACAACCACCAAGGCCCUUCUCAGUUCUGACUUCCCAGAGGGGAAUGUUGAAUUCCUCAGUAGUUUCAUCAAUUAUGGCUAGACUCUGUUCAAGGACGCGAUAGAGCGCGGACAGGGUCCGUUCUACCACAGCUUUACCUAAACCCCCCCUUUUUUUUCAGAUGUUUCAAUCUGUUUUCGGCAGUUUCAAUAGACCAAGCAGAUAGCAGGAUGGUCUAGUCAUGCACCGAUCGACAAGAUAUGUACUAGUAAAUUGCAGUGAGGAUAGACCCAACAGGGCUUCUUUGUACACUCUCCUCAUCAAUGCACUUUACACCAGCAUUUAACAUGCAACAA